GGCAAGCAAUUGCUUUGGCGGUGGAGGAGGAAAAAGGGAUGACCGGGAGCCAGGUGGGAAAUAAAGGGGCGACUGGAGGGCCGGUGGCGAAAGGGGCUUGGCUGGUCGCUUGUGGGAUAUUGGCAGAGGAUUCUAUUGUGAGAGUGAGACAGCGGUUCUAAAUGGCCUUGACUGGGAAGGAAAACAUACAAGGGGUCUUGCCCCUUCCAGGGGAAUAUGUGGAGCUGGGGCCGAAAGAGAGUCCCUUGAUCACCACCAGCAGCAAGAUCCCGGUUCUCUUUAAAAGCCGGCUUCCCUCAGAGCUGAAGCAAUUGCAGCAGGCAUGCUCAUCCGCUGUGAAGACCAAAGGGCUCAAGAUGUCCAAGGUGUCUUCUGCUGGGGUUCCAGUCCUGGAACCAGGAGCUGGGUUACUCUCCAAGAGCUGUUCCAGAGAGCCUCUGGGGGAGAUGCAGCUGAGCGCAUCCGGACAUAGGAAUGUUUUGGAAGGUGGAAAUGCAAAUGGCAAAGAAGCCAGUGCGGUGGAGUUUGUACCUGAUCCAGAAGCCCUUGCCAGCAUCCUGUCCAACACAGGGCUGUCUAAUCACGUGGUGAGUGCAACCCAUAAGCCCAGCCUGGCCCGGCGGGUACCCCUGCGGGAGAAAAGAGCAUGCUCAGCCAGCAGCGGGACAGGCCGAGGCUCCCUGUAUGUAGGAGCUACUGCAGCAAAUCCUGUCCGCACGCCUCAUCUUUCCAGAUCAUCUUCAAAAGAUGUGGAUCAUCCUCAAUCCUGUAGUCUGGCCCUGAAUGCCCAGCAACUGAAGGCACUGUCUGCGACACUUGGGAACCUUAGGCCUGGGGUGGAGGCAAAGGACCACCAACUCAUGGAGAACCUGCAAGCAGGCAAAUGUAAAGAUUCAGCAGCCAGGUCCAAGACAGAAUGCCUGAACAGCACCACUGAGGCCGGUAAUACAAAGCAAAGCAACUCGGCUGGCAGUAAGGAAACCACAGGAAGCUCAUGGACAGAAGAAGAUUUUGUGCCAGAUCCAGCCGCCAAAGCCAGCAUCUUAUUGAACAUUGGACUGAGCCAUUCAGCCCUUGGGGCUGGCAACAAGCUGAGUCUGGCCAGGCGGGUUCCAGUGAAAGAUGCCCGAAAGGCGCCUGUUUGUGGCAACGGCAGGGGUGAAAAUGCAUCCCUUCCAGGGUGUGCUUCCCCAACAGCAAAGUUUGGCCGUGUGUCCUGUCGUUCCACUCAGGGCCUUAAAGGUCUUAAGGAGUUGGGGGCUUUUGGAGCACAGCUGCCCGUCACACCUGGCAACAGAUGUUCUGUGGUGGAUUAUUCGCCAAGUGGUCUAGCCAGGAGGGUUCCCAUUGUGCAAUCACAAUCCUCGCAUUUCAGCCCUUGGAGGUAUAACCGUGCGCUUCUCUCUUCUUGCCCUGCUAAGCGGUCAGGUAUCCGGUGCCUGACAGAAACACCACAGACUUGUACUUGGACGGGUGGGGUCACCCCACACUGUACGGGCACUGUCAGCUCCAAAAAAGAUGGCAGUUCUGUGCACUGGGAGACAAUUGCAGUGCGUCUCUUUAAUGAUGGUCUAGAGGCAUCAGCAAAGAAAGUGUCUGCCUCUCGUGUCAUCCCCUCGGACAUGGGGAAACACCAGCGUAUUGAGUUCCUUGCUCGGCUCCUGCAGCAGGAAGUUGAUGGUGGCAUUGACGAGGUGACCCCCUCCCUGGAAGAACUACACAAACUGUUGCUGGUUCACUGCUCACCCACUUUGGAGGCCCCCGAGCCUGACCUCGUCACCACGCCUUCACAGGAGAUCACCCCAGAGCUUGGCGAGCGGGCAGCUGUCUCUGCUGCUCCUGUAGCACCUGUACCCGACACGACGUUCCCCACUGCAGACUCGCAGCCUGUUUGUUCUACCCCCUUUGUAUGCUCUCUUGGGCCUUCAUCCGGUGCCAACAGUACAGGAGUUCCUGCUGCCUCUUCCUCUGUGGCCCAUUUCAAGCAACGCCUGGAAGAUCUGCUGGAUGCCCCUCGGCGUUUCCACGAGGACUGCCUGAAUGACGAAUGUGCCUUCUAUACGUCCCGUGUCACCACCUCCACCCAGUCUUCAGGGCCACGGUGCAAGGAGCCUGUAGCGAAACUGCUGGACGCUCAAGAUGCUCAGCACUUUAUCCCCAUCUCUUCACCUCGGUCUUCAUUCCCGGAAACAGAGAGGUCUUCGCUUUUAUGAUGGUCUGAGUCCUUGCCAACGUGGGACCACCAACACAAGGCCAGCGCACCGAAGUUCAUCCAUGAAGUGCCUCCUCAUCAGCUUGACUUGACAGGUUGAAAGGUUCCCCUGUAGCUGUGCUGCCCUUGGAAGCUCUUUCUCACUUCCAGCAAAUCUCUGGGGGACUCCAAAUCUCCAUGAAUUUUUUCCAGAGAUCCAGGGACUGAAAUGCCGCCUCUUGUCUUGAAAGCAUUUGAGGUAAAAAUAGUUGUUGGUUGUAAUGAGAGAGACUGCCCUUGGAGGAGAGGAGGUAACACACUAAUCCUGGGUUAACUCUAACAUUAUAAAAAGAUUUUUUUCCCAAAGUAGACAAAUAAAAUUUUUAACUGUUA